AUGGCUUCAAGUGGAUAUUCUGCUCCACCUUCUCCUGUAUUUUCUGGAGAAGGUUACUCUAUUUGGGCUAUCAAGAUGAAGCCUUAUCUUAAAGCCUUUGAUCUGUGGGAAGUGACUGAAACAGGUAGGCAACCAAGACCUUUGAGGGAGGAUCCUACUCUUGCACAGAUAAAAGCUCAUAGUGAGGAGUGUGCUAAAGGUUUCAAGGCCUUGUCAUGCAUUCAUGCUUCUGUUUCUGAGGUGAUUUUCACCAGAAUUAUGGCAUGUGAGAUAGCAAAGGAAGAUUGGGAUUUACUUAAAGCUAAGUUUCAAGGAAGUGCACUCUCAAAGCAAAUGUCAGUGCUGAAUUUGAGGAGGGAAUUUGAGGUUUUAAAGAUGAAAGAAUCUGAAACUCUUAAAGAGUAUACAGAUAGAUUAAUGACUGUGGUCAACAAAAUUAAGUUGUUGGGUGAAGAUUUAUCAGAUAAAAGGGUUGUGGAGAAAGUUCUUGUCAGCCUACCUGACAGAUUUGAACCCAAAAUCUCAUCUUUGGAAGAUUCAAAGGAUUUGAGCAAAAUCACCUUACCUGAACUUAUAAGUUCCUUGCAAGCCAUUGAGCAAAGAAGAAUAAUUAGAGAAGAAGAUGCUUCUGAGGAGGCAUUUGUUGCCAAACAGAAAGGAAAGCAAGUAAUGGAGGUUAAGAAAGAUUCAAAAGAGAGAGACAACAAAGGGAAGCAACCUGAAAGUGGAAGUGAAGCUGUCAAGAAGGGCAGAUUUCCACCUUGUCCUACUUGUAAAAGAACAAAUCAUCUGGAGAAGGAUUGUUGGCAAAAGAAUCGUUCCAAGCAGCAAGAUGAUCAUUUAUUCAUGGCUUCACAGUCACUUAAACAAGUAGACAAACUCACAUGGAUCAUUGAUAGUGGUUAUACAAGUCACAUGGCCAGAAAUGAGGAUCUUUUUACUUCUCUAGACAUUAUCAGUGAGAACUAA